ACUGAGCCAAGGUUUUGCUAAACUUUCAAUGCCGAUUUGAAAAGACUUUAGACAUCCCCAGUCCUCACUGCGCGCACGAAGCCAGGAUGCCAGUCCUAAUGAGCCCCGACAUCGCCAAUAAGUUUAAGGAGAAAUGGCUGACGCUUCAUCCAGAGGAACCGGGCACCGGGCCUGACUCUGUCCACCUGGACGACAGCCUGACCAGCCUCCACUGGCUCCAGAAUUUCUCCAUCCUCAGCGCGGAUCCAGAGCGGCCCAGCGGUGCCGGAACCGGCUGUCCGUCCUCUCCGCAGCACCUGCUGUAUUUAAAGCGGCUCGGCUUUCCCAGAGGUGGCACCGACUCCCCGUCCAGCCCUCCUGCCGGGGACACCGCCGCCACCGGGAUGCCUCUGUACCUCGGAAGCCCCGUUACCUCCGGCAGCGAUUGCACCACGGACCCGCGGCUUGCCAAUUACGCACAAACCGGGAGCGGCUACCCGCAUAUCCCGGUCCAGACGAGCCCGCCGGUCGAGGUCGACUACAAAACCAACCCAAAAGUCAAGCCGCCCUAUUCGUACGCCUCGCUCAUCUGCAUGGCCAUGCAGGCCAGCAAGCAGCCCAAAGUGACUCUGUCCACCAUCUAUAACUGGAUCACGGAGAAUUUCUGCUACUACAGACACGCAGAGCCCAGCUGGCAGAACUCGAUUCGCCACAACCUGUCGCUGAACAAGUGUUUCAUGAAGGUCCCCAGGCAGAAAGACGAGCCUGGGAAAGGAGGCUUCUGGCAGAUCGAUCCCCAGUACGCCGACAUGUUCGUCAACGGCAUCUUCAAGCGCAGGAGGAUGUCUGCGAACCACUAUAGCAGCAGCAGUGGCACCCACAGACAGAGCAAGCUGCUGCAAGGUCGCGAAACAGGGUACCACGGCACCCAAAAUGGCUGCUCUUUCCAAGGUGGUGGCAAACGUAAGCACAUGUCCACCAAAAGCAACACUAAGGCAUUGCGGAUGACCAAGUCCCCUCUGUUAGCAACAGAGGCCCACAGUGCUGACGUCCUGAGGGGUGACUUCGACCUGGCGUCUGUUUUCGACGAUGUCCUCAGCGGGAACUGCAGCAACUUCGAGGACUUGGACAUCAACACGGCGCUGAGCUCACUGGGCUGCGAGAUGGAGGCGUCCCUGCAGGGGAGGCAGCACACAGCCGGGCUGGGGAGGUGGUGUGGAGGUGGGGGGGACGUCCUGAGUCAGAGCCAGGCACCGAGCCACCCCCAGUCCUACGGCUACAUGGACCUGAGCGCGGCAUCCAUGGAGUGUCCGGUUAGCAUGGGAGAGCUCCACAUCCCGCAGCAGCAUCAGCACCAGCACCAUCAGCACCUGGACCAGGACCAGCUGCUCCAAUCCCAUCACUCCCUGCAGCAGUUUGAGGAGCCCUCCACACUAUUUCCGGAGCAGUCCGAGGAGGUGGUGCUGCAGCCCUGGGAGGAGAUUAAGGAGGAGGCGCAGGUGAUUCCUCUGACUCUGGAUCAGGGCUUCGGUCUGUGUGAGGGCUUCUUCACAGAGAUGCAGCCAUGGGAAAGGGUCGAGGCCUAUCUGUGACCUUUGAACCCUAAGCUCCCUGACUUCUAAUCAUAUUAG